ACUGUUUGAGACUCUUUGAGACUCUUUGAGACUCUUUGAGACUCUUUGAGUAAAGACCGCAGCUGACAACAUCUACAGUAUACGAAAACCUAGGCUACACGUGGGCGUCCGCUUUGCUCGCGUUCCUCAUCCUCGGCUGCGCGCCGUUCCCGUUUGUGUUUUACUACUACGGCGAGCGCCUUCGUAAGCGGAGCCGGUUUGCGUGGACAAAUCAGGCUGAGGCGGGAACCCCCGCAUUGACGAAUCCGGCGGAGGAGAGGCACUCCACUGAUGCUGGCGAGCGAGCUGAGGAUGCACGUGGUGCGAACAUGAAGUGAUGCGCUGAGCAGGUGUGGAUGUGGAUAGGGAUUGAAGUCGUUAUUGGGAAUAACCAUCGUUUGGUUUAUGUGUUUAUUGUGUAUAUGUCGGUCGUUGUAUUUAGGAUGCAUUUAAAACUGCUGUGUAAUGGGAACUUGGAUAAAUCGUGUAAUAAUACACCAGAGAUGCUCCAUGAGGAUGUGUGGGGUCAAAAACAAUAAACGAAAGCGAUACGCUCUUAAUUG